AUGCUAUUUCCACUGCCAAGGAAAUAUUACUUUCUGGUACACGAUGCGGUAUGCAAGGUGGUGGGUGUGGAUGUGGAGAUCGCUGCCUUCGUGUCGUCCAAGGGGAAAUUUCAGUGCGACAUGCUUGUUAACGCCAGCGCCACUGACCCUGAGCUGGCGGAUCGCGCGGGCGGCCGGAACGCCUAUGUGCGGGACUUUGCUCUGGGGCUACAGCGGUAUUUAGGCAGCUGUGAUGUUGUUGUGCGGCGUCGGCGCCUGGACGUCGUGUUUCUGGACCGCGAGGUGCUGCAGCUCGCGUUGGGUGCCUCACGGCGGACGAUCAACAACCUGCAGAGCGGGGAAAGCAUCAACGCGGAGCCUGAGUGGACGCACCGUAACCGCCUUCGUAUCUUCCUUGGCUACGACGAGGACCUCUUCCGCAGCGCCUGCGAUCUCAAGAUGAACAUCGCCGCCCGCCUGAUGGAAAAGUGGGUCUUUGACACUUACUAUGACCCCGCGCGCUGCGGAAGCGUGGAUCAGUUUCUGCAGACGGAGUGUCCACCGGUGUCGUACUGGCAGGCCCACGGCUACACGCACACGCUGGCGGGGGAGUAA